UGCACAAAGUGCUCACGUUUUUAUGUGCAUAUUAAAAUAAUUCAUAAAAAAUGAGAUACGUACGAUUAGAGAUUAUUUUUAUAGCAAUACUGGCAGUGAGUACGGUGAAAAGUGAAUGUGUUACGUAUGUAGAAUGUCUGGGCUCAUUUUUUGGUAGCUUUUUCUCCAAUCACAAGAGUUUUGUAACAGAAACGCAAGUUGGUAAUGUUACUGUCCCUGGUUUUGAAACUGUGAAGGUUGGCGAUGAAGAUCUGAAUAAUCUUUUGUCGGGUGUAUCUGAUUUUGUAAAAAAAGAAUUGGAUGGGAAUAUAAAUUUUGGUCCACAGUUAAAUAUUUUUCAAAAUAUUGGUAAUAAUACUGCAAUAUUUGUUAAGUCUAUAACAAUUAACAACAAUUUUGGAGAUCAUAAUCAUGGAAGUACUUUUAAAAAUAUGUCUUUGAAAGAAACUAUUCAAGAAAGAUUACCUACGGACACGCUUGAUGCUUUAAGUUUUACUACUUCAAAUCCUUUCUCUAGUAAUAUAACAUCUAUCAACGAAUUGUUAAUUGAUAAAUUAAAAAAUAAAGUAAAAGAAAAUGAAAUAUUAGAUGCCGUAGAUCCUCUUGAAUUGUAUGAUGAAAUGGAUAACGAUGAUAAUAGUACAGAUUAUCUACACAUUGAUUACUUGGAAAUGUAUAAAGAUACCACAAACGAAUAUACAGAUAUUAAACCAACAGAAUCAACAACAGAUACUUAUAAGUUUAAUAACUAUAUAACAGAAAACAGCAGUCAGCGUCUUGAUGUAAUUACAUUUGAGACUUUUAUGAACAAUAGCAGUAUUACCGUAGAGAAUACAAGUGAUUGCAACAAUACCAAAACCGAUGUCACAGGAGCUAUAUUCCCGUGGAUUGCCGCUAUUUUCAUUAAGAAUGACACCAGCGACCAGUUCGACUAUUACUGCGACGGUGCCUUGUUAUCACAAUCCAUUGUGAUCACAGCUGCCCGUUGCUUGGAAUACUACGGGAGCGAAGUGGUUGCCAAGAACUUGUUAGUUUUAUUGGGGAAGAGUUCCCUUCAAUCAAUGAGUGGAGCAGAAAGAGCCGUGAAGGUGAAUUCAGUUAUAGUACAUGAAAAAUUCAAGAAGGGAACAUCGGAAAAUGAUAUAGCAUUACUUUUAGUGGAGGGAGUCACUUUAAACGAUCGCAUACAAACUGCUUGCCUCGGUACUGAAGGGGGCUCUGAAGCUAUUACAACCGGGUGGGCGAUUUCAGGGGAACUAACUGUAAUUCCCUUUGACAUCGACCACAGCUCACAGUGCGAGAUUUUAAACGGAAAUAAUACUUUUUGUUCCGUAUAUGGAAAUGAAGUGUCUGUGUGUCCGAGCUAUGGUGGUGUGUAUGCAGCUAAGCAAGACAGCGGAUGGUAUCUUCGUGGUAUACGAAGCGGAGAUCCGAGUGAUCGGGGAUUAUGCUUUGAUAGAACCGUAUAUUAUACUGAUCUUCGGAACCAUGUUGAGUGGAUUAACGAUAUCUUAAACACUGGCUAGUAUUUUCGGAAUGAAUUCAAAUGCUUUUUUAACUUUAUUUUAUAAGUAACUUGGUUCUUUUUUGAAACAAUCUGAUCUAUAUUAUAAAGUUUUUAUUCAAGAGAGGAUAGCGAAUUUUUAAUAAACCAGAAAAGAACAAGUUGUUAAGACACUACAUUAUUCUUAGUUAUUACAAGUACC